AUGAAAUGGAAAUGUGACCGUAAAUUUCCAUGUGCGAACUGCCGCAAACGUGGGCUUGAAUCUCUCUGUCCGAAUGGUCAACUUCGAUCAUUACGAGGACGAUAUGAGCAAACGUCAGAAGAUAUUGAAAAUCUGAAGAAAAGGAAUGCUCUGUUAAAAGAAGCUUUGGAGGAAGCAUCGCGUCAGGGGUUUGAGAUCUCUGGCAUAGCACACGGCCUAGACGAUAUAUCGGUAAUGGACGCUAGACCUGCUGAAAUGGUAUCUUCGGCUACAUCUACGGAAAGAUGUACACAAGGAUUGGUAGAAAGAGAGAGCAGUACUGAGGAGUCAACACACUGUCACCUCAUUAUUGGAGACGAGCCAGGCUCGUCCUCCUUUUUCGGUAACGCUGGUGCUCAUUACCACCUUGUGAGCGAAGUAUCAGACUCGCCAUUCCGCUCGGAACGCCCAUUCAUUCCAGAUGAUAUCUCAGCCGAGCAGUCCGACACUUUUCCAUUUCCCAAUCCAACUUCUAUCACGGUGGAAAAUCUACUACUGCUCUCACCCAGUAGACGCGAGGCUGAGAGAUGGUCAAGGAUAUAUUUCGAGGAUGCAGCAAUCCUGCAUCAUAGCGUCGACCCUCAAAUGUAUUGGAAAAAUCUCCUCCCUCGUCUGUUCGGCGAUGCUGCUAUCUCUGAUCAAGCGCGAGGGCAAUCACUCAACAACUACGAGUUGGGAUUAGUUUUCCUUAUCUUGGCUUGUGGUGCAGCAAUGGGUACAAGCCUUCCGCCAUACAAUGAGAUCGCAGAACGCUUUUUUCGCUUAGGACGUACAGCGUUGUCUAUAAGUAUGGCUGUUAGGAGUGCACAAUCUAUGGGUCUACACAGAGAUGUUCAGGUCUUCGGUGGAAUUUUGAGUGAUGAGGAGCUGGAAAUGCGUCGAAGAUUAUUCUGGGAGAUGUACACCGAAGACAUCUUGCAAUCUAUGACACAAUAUCGCCUCGCUCAAAUCCUUUCCAAGGUGAAUGACGUCCAGGUCAAUGUUAUCCCCUCGCAAUACAAAGAUGUUCUGGCAAUCCAUGACCUGCUCAAGAAGUUCGAAGAGGAGCGACCGCCUGUACUUCGUAACAAUCAUGUCAUCGGUCCUCAAAUGGAUCGUAGCGCUCACUACCAGAGAAUGACUCUGCGACUGCUCAUUAUGGAAGGUUCUCACACACCGUUGACUUCCCCGUUCCGGUUCAGCUACGUGGCAGAAUUAGAAGCCUCACGCGUAAUCUUGCUCAUAUUGCAGGAUGCACUAUGA